AUGAGCAGAUCUAAUCGUUCAAAGGAUAGGCAUGCAAAAAGUAAUUGGCUUUUUGGGGAUAAUCGUGAUGAAGGGAGUGCAGCCCGUACAAGGCCAUUUAGUUUUGAAGAGAUUAUGCUUAGAAGAAGAAACAAAGAACUGCUUGAAAAUGUUAAAAACCCUGCAUUAGGAUGUUCGUUGGAGAAAAUUGAUGAUCAUUUUGAGUCUGCCAGGAUCUAUGAACAUGACAAAAGCUCAUCCUUUGGCAGGGAGAAGCAUGCUUCUAAGGAUUUAGUGAAAGCAAGAUCUAGAAAGAAGGUUGAAAGCACCUAUGUAAAGGAAGAUGAUUUAAUUGAAGGGAAAGGUAGGGAAAACCAUAGCUUGGACACCAAAUCAAGUUCUGGAUUAAAUAAUAGAGGCAGCAUAACCAAAGAAAAGAAUGAGAAAGAGAUGUUUGGUCACAGAAAAAAUGAGCGAAUUCAUGGUAGUUCUGAGUAUGAAGUUGGAAAUAAGCAUUCAAGAGAUAGGGAUAGUUAUGUGGAAGCAAAUAGACCAAAAUCUGAAAGGAAAAUAAAGAAAAGGAAUCAUGUUGGAGAGGAUGAGAAUCUUAACGAGUAUGUUAUUGAAAAGAGGCAUGGCAAUGAUAGAGAUAAUAGAUGGAAAUUGAAAAGGCGGUUAAGCAAUAACUCUGAAGAAGUACCUGAGAAGAAGCAUUAUAGAGAAUCAGACAAGGAUAAACAUGCAGGGGUGAGGGCAAAAUAUGAAAGGGAAACGAAGAAAAAAUACCGAAAUGGAGAUGCUGAAACUCAAGACAGGGAUACACCAAGGAAACAAGAUGCUGUCAAACAUCAUAACAUGCACAGUUAUGAGAGGAAGGAAAGGCGGGAUAAGGUGAAGUCACAUUAUGAAGAAUUAACAGCAAAAAGGAGACGUUCAAAAAGCCUAGAGCAUGAGGAGAGAAGAUCCCCUUCUUUUUCACCAAGGGAACAAAAACGUUCUUAUCAAGAUGGAGAGCAUAAAGCGUUGUCUAUGCAUUCCUUGAAAGAUAGUUCUAGAAAAAAGCACACUGAUAUUGAUAAAAAUAGAGUAUCAACUAAUGGUUCAAGUGGUCACCAUCAUCGACAUGGUGGCUCUACUAGUGGACUUGGUGGUUAUUCUCCGAGGAAGAGGAAAAGUGAAGCUGCCGUUAAGACUCCUUCCCCAUCUAAGCACUCUCUUGAGAAGAAACGUGCUGGAUGGGAUCUUCCCCCUGUUGGGACAAAUAGUUCUUCUCCUGCUGUUGUUUCUUCAAGUUUUCUAUUAUCAAAUUGUGCCGUGUUGUCCAACAUGCAUGAUGUGGUUUCAACUAGUUCUCUUGAUCUAGCCCUCGCGAAGCACCGGCCAGUGUCUUUUCUAGGUGAUGUAUCAAUAGGGAAGAAUUCAAACAUUGAUUCUGUCCAAUUGACACAAGCUACCCGGCCUAUUAGAAGGCUUUAUCUUGAAAAUCUACCUGCUUCUGCCUCUGAGAAAGCUGUGAUGGAUUGUUUCAAUAACCUCUUACUCUCUGGUCGUGUAAAUCAUAUCCAGCAAGCUCAACCAUGCAUCAGCUGUGUUUUGCAUAAAGAUAAGGGGCAAGCUCUUGUAGAAUUCCUUACAGCUGAGGAUGCAUCAGCUGCUCUUUCUUUUGAUGGCAGUACACUAUUUGGCUCUACUGUGAAAAUUAGACGCCCCAAAGACUAUGUUGAAGUUGCAAUACCUAAUCCAAUUCCAAGGCAAGUUUUGGGUAAAAGAAAUUCUCAGUAA